UUCAAAAUGGGUAUUCAUCACUGUCCACGUCAUCAUAUCUUAGCAUUUUGUUAACCAAAACAAAUAGUUUUCAAAUUUCAGGCCCAUCUUUUCCUAUAUAAAUUCAACACCAUUCUCAAGAGAAUAUAGAAACGUAAUUUCAUUGCUGCCCAUUUGUUUCCAAUUUAGCACUCUUCUGUUGCAGGUUUUAAGAAGUGUCAUCGAUGGCAGAUGGUAGCGAGAAUACCUUUCAACUUAGUGUUAAGCAGAAUGAACCAACUCUGGUUCCUCCUGCAGAGGAGACAGAGAAGGGUCUGUACUUCCUUUCUAACCUUGACCAGAACAUUGCAGUGAUUGUUCGUACUAUUUACUGCUUUAAGUCUGAUGUGAAAGGGAAUGAGGAUGCAGUGGAAAUUAUUAAGGAUGCUCUGUCAAAAAUUCUUGUUCACUGCUAUCCUCUUGCUGGGCGGUUGACGAUCAGCUCAGAAGGGAAGCUGAUAGUGGAUUGCACUGGGGAGGGUGCUGUUUUUGUUGAAGCUGAAGCAAACUGUUCCAUAACUGAGAUAGGAGACACCACAAAGCCUGACCCUGUCACACUUGGGAAGUUGGUUUAUGAUAUUCCGGGUGCACAGAACAUACUUCAGAUGCCUCCUCUGGUGGCUCAGGUGACGAGAUUCAAAUGUGGAGGAUUUGUCCUUGGACUAUGCAUGAACCACUGUAUGUUCGAUGGAAUUGGUGCAAUGGAAUUUGUGAAUUCAUGGGGUGAAACUGCAAGGGGCUUGCCUCUGAAGGUCCCUCCAUUUCUAGAUAGAAGCAUACUCAAAGCCCGAAACCCACCUAAGAUAGAGUUUCCACACCAUGAAUUUGCUGAGAUUGAAGAUGUAUCAAAUACCAGCAAGCUCUAUGAAGAAGAAAUGCUUUUUAGAUCAUUCUGUUUUGAUCCUGAGAAGCUUGAACAACUAAAAAGAAAAGCCAUGGAAGAUGGAGUUCUAGCCAAGUGCACUACAUUUGAAGCUCUUUCAGCCUUUGUGUGGAGAGCUAGAUGUCAGGCAUUAAGGAUGCUUCCUGAUCAACAAACAAAAUUGCUGUUUGCUGUAGAUGGACGGUCUAGAUUUGUGCCACCAAUACCUGAGGGGUACUUUGGCAAUGGAAUUGUGUUAACAAAUUCUUUGUGUAAAGCAGGCGAUUUACAGGAUAAUCAUCUGUCUUUUGCAGUAGGAUUAGUUCAGGAGGCUGUUAAAUUGGUUAAUGACAGUUAUAUGAGAUCGGCUAUAGACUACUUUGAAGUUACAAGAGCUAGACCUUCUCUGGCUGCAACUCUUUUAAUCACGACUUGGUCUAGGCUAUCCUUCCACAAAACAGACUUCGGCUACGGGGAGCCUAUUUUAUCAGGGCCUGUUGCUUUGCCUGAGAAGGAAGUAAUUCUUUUCCUUUCUCAUGGGGAAGAGAGGAAAAGCAUAAACGUUCUUUUGGGUUUGCCAGCUUCUGCCAUGAAAAUCUUCGAAGAACUAAUGCAGAUCUGAACAAUCAAAAGAUCCAUUUGAUGCUCAUACCAAUGGAAAGGUCUUCCUGAUUUAUUAUUUAUUUUUCUAUGGAAGUAUAUUAUGUGUUUUCAGUUGCCAAAAGAUGCACUUCUUCAUGCUAAUGAUAUCUGCUGGAGGAAGAAAUGCCAAUGGUAAAGUUGGGCUCUGAAAAAAAUAACAGAUGAAGUGCAAAUUCAAGUCUCCUGCUUCUUUUCUAGCAUUUCUUACCUGCAUAUGUACCUGUUUAUCUAUGUCUGUAGUCUUAAGUUGACGCUUCGAUGAUAAAGCAAGCUGCUGUUUUAUUAA